AUGGUGUUCGUGAACAAAGUAGUUCUGAACUCCACCCCGAACUUACCAUUUUCUCUCCUCCUCGUGCAAACUUUCAUUUGCAUCGCACUGUUGCACGUUUGUAAAUGGAUAACGCAAACCCCCGGUUUUUCCUCCUAUCUCCCCUUUCACGCUGAGCUCCCUGAGAUUGAUCUACGAGGUUUCUACACUCUCGCUCCAGUUUCGCUUAUUGGUAUCGCCGGAAUAAUAUUCAACACUCUUUGCCUGAAAGAUGUCGACGCCUCUUUCUUCCAAAUCGCUCGUGGCCUUAUCCUCCCCCUCACCGUCGUCGUCUCGGCCAUCGCAACCCGUACCAUGCCCCGAUAUAAAGUCCUACGAGCUGCCUUUGUCGUCACUGGUGGCUUCUUCAUCGGAGCAACACCAAGCUCAUACUUUUCCCGUCACACAACUGCGCUCGAUGUCACGGCCCGCUCACUCGUUUAUGGCAUCCUUUCCUCACUCAUGACUGCGUUGCAUGCCGUCAUGGUCAAAUCCGCACAGCAGUAUAUGGGUGGAAACAAUGUCAUUGGAAUGGCAUAUUGGACAAACUUGAUAGCGAUCUGUGCACUUCCGCCCUUUGUGAUAUUGAACGAGGAGGUCGGAGCCGUACUGGCGCUGAAUGGUGAAGAGAUGAAAGUGUUCGUGAUUGGGUGUGCUGUCACCGGCUUUUUCGGGUUCUUGUUGUGUAUGGCAGGGUUGUUGAGCAUCAAAGUGACCAGCCCUGUCACUCACAUGUUCUCGAGCGCCGCAAGGAGCGUCAUCCAAAGCGUGUUGGGCGUUGUUAUUUUCGGUGAUGUGAUAACACCGAAUCGAGCUAGUUCUAUAUUCGUCAUCACGGCAGGCACGGUUUAUUAUACAUGGCUCAAAUCGAGCACACCUCCUCCCCCUCCCCCUCCACCUUCGACGGACCACGAUGUUGAGAAAGGAACCGACGAAGGGGCUCAAAAGAUCUAA